AUGCAUCCUCUCCUAUGGAUUAUUGUGAUGAUCUCCCUGAUUGAAACUAAUGCCGAAACGGAUACCAAAAAAAAUCCAGUACUCAACGACGAGCUCCGACGCCUUUUAGACCCGGACUCGGCACGUCGCUCGUCGAGUACUCGACGCCCGGUACCGUCCCAGCCACCUGUGCGCGAUUCGGAAAGUGAAGAGGACAACGACAGUGAAUCAGAACUCGAACAGGAAUAUCCGUGUGCGGGAAAUGGUGGAACGGGUUCGGAAGACGACGAACAGGAAAAUAGCGAAGCACAACAGGAAGACGAGGAUCAGGAGUACGAAGCGCCCGAGGAAUUUGAUUGGGAAAAAGAAACCAACCGUCCAGUAGCACACGGACGACCCAGUUGGAUGACGUGGGGAGGGCAUCGACGACCACCUUAUCCUGGCUGGUGGAAUAUGCACGGUUAUGCCAAGUGA